GUUCAUUCUCAGUAUUGCAUCGCUAAUUAUCUAUUUCAUUGAUGCCUCCAGCAUAUCAGGCGGGAAUGGUAACUCACAUAAAAGUGAAGAGGUGGAGCGGUGCCAGAAGUGGAGCAACAACAUCACCCAGCAGAUAGAUUUAGCCUUCAAUAUAUUUUUUAUGGUGUACUUUUUUAUACGAUUUAUAGCAGCAAGUGAUAAACUGUGGUUCAUGCUGGAGAUGUAUUCAUUUGUAGAUUACUUCACAAUUCCUCCUUCCUUUGUCUCAAUAUAUUUGGACAGAACAUGGAUAGGUUUAAGAUUCCUGAGAGCAUUACGUUUGAUGACAGUGCCAGAUAUUCUGCAGUACCUCAACAUCCUCAAGACUUCAAGCUCAAUCCGUCUUGCUCAGCUGGUGUCCAUUUUCAUCUCUGUAUGGCUCACAGCUGCUGGGAUAAUUCAUCUGCUUGAGAAUUCCGGAGAUCCAUUAGAAUUCCAGAAUCCUCAGCAGUUAUCCUACUGGACAUGUGUGUAUUUCCUCAUUGUGACCAUGUCCACGGUGGGCUAUGGUGAUGUCUACUGCCAGACUGUCCUUGGUCGUACGUUCCUUGUAUUUUUCCUCCUUGUUGGGUUGGCCAUUUUUGCAAGUUGUAUUCCCGAGAUUAUUGAUCUGAUCGGGACUAGGCCCAAGUAUGGAGGGACCCUCAAGAACGAGCGUGGCAGAAGGCACAUCGUGGUAUGUGGUCACAUCACUUAUGAGUCAGUAUCACAUUUCCUCAAGGACUUCCUUCAUGAGGACCGUGAGGAUGUUGAUGUGGAGGUGGUAUUUCUACACAGAAAACCACCAGACCUGGAGCUUGAAGGCCUGUUCAAGCGGCAUUUUACUACAGUUGAAUUCUUCCAGGGGUCUAUUAUGAAUCCCAUCGACCUUCAGAGGGUCAAGGUGCAUGAGGCAGAUGCGUGCCUGGUGCUGGCCAAUAAGUACUGCCAAGACCCUGACGCUGAGGACGCAGCCAACAUUAUGAGGGUCAUCUCUAUCAAGAAUUACUCGGACGACAUUCGAGUCAUCAUCCAGCUAAUGCAGUAUCAUAACAAGGCCUACCUUCUGAAUAUCCCAUCUUGGGACUGGAAACAGGGAGAUGAUGUGAUAUGUCUGGCAGAGUUGAAGCUGGGUUUUAUCGCACAGAGCUGUCUAGCACCAGGUUUUUCUACCAUGAUGGCAAACCUGUUUGCCAUGCGUUCCUUCAAAACGUCCCCAGACACUCAGGCCUGGCAGAACGAUUACCUCCAAGGAACGGGCUGUGAGAUGUAUACAGAAACUUUGUCCCCCUCUUUCACUGGGAUGACAUUUCCACAAGCCAGCGAGUUAUGCUUCACAAAACUGAAAUUGCUGCUUCUGGCCAUCGAGAUCAAAGGUGAGGACGGUAGUGAUAGUAAGAUCUCCAUCAAUCCACGAGGUGCCAAGAUACAAGCUAACACACAGGGAUUCUUCAUAGCACAGUCAGCUGAUGAGGUCAAGAGGGCCUGGUUCUACUGCAAAGCUUGCCAUGAGGACAUCAAGGAUGAAACCCUCAUUAAGAAGUGCAAGUGCAAAAACUAUGUGGGGAUGAUGAUGAUGCAGUCAGGCAUGAUGAAGGGUGGCUUCAAUAAUACUACUGCAACCUCCUACCAGAGCUAUCUGGAGGUGGCUACAUUCCGGAAGGGAGUUCGUGCUGUGCAGAUGGUGGGCAGAGCAACUGACGAGGACUACCUGUAUGCAAAUGACCACCACCCUCCCCCUACGUUUACGCCACCAGAACUACCCAAGAAGGUGCACGUACGAGGUGAGGCUGGACGUGAGAAAGAGGAUUCAUUGAUGCGCAAUCACCAGGGUAUGCCUACAGCAAUGGUGAACUCAAUGAGCAGUAGCAAACAGGUGAACAAGGUGAAACCAACAGUGAAUCGCUCAACACCUGACAAUAUGGCUGUCUCUCCCAGUCAACAGCCAGGAGGAGGCGGAGGCUACAACAGGCCUCAAGAGGAUUCCACAUAUGCUGGUUAUCACCUUGCCUAUGAAGUCAAAAAACUCAUGCCAACUUCUCGAGCCUCAGGAGGAAACAACAUGAACAACAAUGGUGGGUUGCAAGUUGGCAUAGCAGAUGAUCAAGCAAAAGACUUUGACUUUGAGAAGACUGAGAUGAAGUAUGAUUCAACGGGGAUGUUCCACUGGGGGCCUGCUAAAAGCCUUGAAGAGUGCAUUCUGGAUCGGAAUCAGGCGGCAAUGACAGUGCUGAACGGUCAUGUGGUGGUGUGCCUGUUUGCGGAUCCAGAUUCUCCCCUCAUAGGUCUACGGAAUCUGGUGAUGCCUCUACGAGCUUCCAACUUUCACUAUCAUGAACUGAAACAUGUGGUGAUAGUAGGCUCUGUGGAUUACAUCCGUCGAGAGUGGAAGAUGCUGCAGAACCUUCCUAAGAUCUCAGUCCUCAAUGGCUCACCAUUGAGUCGGGCAGAUCUAAGGGCUGUGAAUGUCAAUCUGUGUGAUAUGUGUGUCAUACUCUCAGCAAAGGUCCCAAGUAAUGAUGAUCCAACGCUAGCAGAUAAGGAAGCCAUCCUUGCAUCGCUUAAUAUCAAAGCAAUGACCUUUGAUGACACCAUUGGAGUUCUUAGCCAAACUGCUGCAGGAGAAGAGGACACUCUGUCACCAGUUGGAAGUCCUAUUGUACUGCAGCGUAGAGGUUCAGUGUAUGGAGCCAAUGUGCCUAUGAUCACAGAGCUGGUGAAUGACAGCAAUGUUCAGUUCCUGGAUCAAGAUGAUGAUGAUGACCCAGAUACGGAACUGUAUCUGACUCAGCCUUUUGCCUGUGGUACAGCAUUUGCUGUCAGUGUGCUGGACUCACUCAUGUCCACAACAUAUUUUAAUCAGAAUGCACUGACACUGAUCCGUUCUUUAAUCACCGGUGGAGCAACACCUGAGUUGGAGUUGAUUUUGGCAGAAGGGGCUGGACUCCGAGGGGGUUACAGCACUGCGGAUAGCUUGUCAAAUCGUGACCGGUGUCGAGUGGGACAGAUCUCGCUAUAUGAUGGCCCACUGGCACAGUUUGGUGAGGCAGGAAAAUAUGGAGACUUGUUUGUUGCAGCCCUGAAGUCUUAUGGCAUGCUGUGCAUAGGUCUUUAUAGGCUUAGGUUUCGGGACACGAGUUCAUCAUGUGAUGCCUCAUCGAAGCGGUAUGUGAUAACAAACCCUCCAGAUGACUUCUCAUUGCUGCCAACAGAUCAGGUGUUUGUCCUAAUGCAGUUUGACCCAGGGCUGGAGUACAAACCCAACAGAGGAACACGAGGAAAAGAUGACAAUUCCUGACUAUUGCUCUGUAGCGCCCUCACUGAUGGGCCUUACUCCUACAUCUAGGCCACCUGCUCAAUGCCUAAGUUCAACUGUUGCCAUCGAGUUGGUGAAGCAUCUAUCUCGCCAUCGAGUUGGUCAAGCAUCUGUCUUCAUCAGGGAGGAAAUUUUGCAAGCCACUUGAAAUGAUAAUACCAUCUAGCAGUCACGUGUUUACGUUCAUUAGUUUUGCUGCAGUUUGUAGGGCUAGAUCUCUCCUUUUUGUCUUUUCCAGAAUCACUGUCAGCUAUGGCACAACAGGAAACUGUCACCUUUGACCAUGUGUCUAGUGAAAUGGAGAAUACCAUUAUUACACAGUUAGGUGUUUUGAAUACAAAGCAAGAUUAAUCCUUACACUUAUAGUGCUGUCCAGACAAGUUAUAAAUGAGUUCCACUUUAUGCCUUCAGAACUACUGAAGCUUAGCUGGUUUUUGUUGUAGUGCAUAUGCUCAACUUCAGUUCUACCCAACAAUGAACAAUUAAAGUGACCACUGCUUGCAUGAAAGCAGAGGUUAGUUUAUUGUGAUUAAUAUAUCCAAAACCUACAAACUCCAAAGAAGUCUUCAAUAAGAGUGACUUAAAAUGUUGUCUCACUGUCAAAAUCUGCAUCUGUAAAAAUAGGAACAUGGUUCAUAGUACAGAUAACAGCAAUCUAAUUUGUUGUGUAUAAAUACGUCAUAUUAUUUUUUGGAGUUUGUACACUUUUGGAACACUGGUGAUGCUGUUGGGCAUUGUAUGUUGUGUUCAUGAGAUUACAUUCAAGUGGGAAUUUAAGACAUUGCAAGCUCCUUUAUGCAAGUGGAAGAAGAGGCAAAGACUGACUGCUGAUGGCAGGAUCCCAUCACCAGGAGUAUAGGCUUCUGUUGGGUCAUGGGGGUUCCAUCUAGUGACCCCCUCUGACCAGCAUCUAAUUUGGGGGUUGCUACUAAAUAAAACCAAAAAGGAAAGACUCUUUACAUAAAUAAAGAGAUUGCAACUGGACAUUUUUUAAAACAAAACACCCAGUAGAAUUAUUGGACUUUACACUCAUGACAUUUUGUCUUUCCAUUUUUGCAGUCCAUUUCAGAUGUAUGACAAGGUGUUGCAGACAUUGUGCUUGAUUGAAAUUCCUGUUAAAGAGAAGGAGGUUAAUGUCGGAGUAGCAAAGUUUGUAUCGUUGGAAAGUCAGUUCCAUUCCUUCCUAAUUUAAUUUUGGUGCAGCAUUUGUGAUUUUAUAUAUGUUCACCUGGUCAUCUCAAAUCUCAUGUGCUUGCAGUGGUACAGACUGAAAUGUUGUGUGUUGUUUCUCUAUUACAAGAACUAAUUUCUUUGUGCAAUUCAGAUAUUCCUUUCUUCGGUAAAGCCAAGUAGUUUUGCUCUAAGACAAGAUACAGUGUAGUUUGUUGGAAAAUAUUAAGCAAAACUGACUUUCCAGUAACAAACUUUAUGGUGCCUGGUGAUGCAUAGGGGGAAGGGGGGUUGGCACCUGUACUUUAUACACAGAUAUAUGAUCAGUGUGUGGUUUUGUUUGUUGGUUAUACUAUGCCUGAGUUGGUCCCAGACAUAAACUCAUGUAUAGUGGCUGGUCCACUCAAAGAGAGAACUUGGAAAGUCGAGAAGCAAUCUUGCUCUAUUACAAUCAUAUUGAAUCUUUUGGAGGACAGAACUCUGUUUUUACCCCCCGAUGUUCCAGAAGAUUCUUUUGUUGGCUGCAUUGAUAUCAGUGGUACAGUUGUUGUUUCCUAUAUUCUCACUGGUGUGCAUGUGUGAUUUUUAUUCAUACUUUUUUAUUAUUUUUUCACAAUCCUUUUUAAAAUGUAUCAUUAGCCUUCAUGUUCUAAAUAUAUGUGUCAGUUGGCUGAGGGGUUCACAUUCUGCUGAUUUUGAGGAAACAGAGCUUUCUGUUUCAGAGUCUUGUAAAUGGUAUUGUAGUUUAAUAGAGAUAUGGGCUUUCUAUCUUAAUAUUGUUAAUCCUUUGUCGAUAUUAUAGUCCACUAAUUUGUUGCCCUGUUUUCCUUUUCACGUUCCUUAUGUGAGAAUUCUUUGUUUACACGUCAGUAUGUGUGAAGGGGCCCUGAGCCAUCUGUCACAUGUUUGUAGAAUGUGGCUUCCUUAGUCCACUUACAUGUGGAUGCAGUGUGGAAUGUAUCCUCAUGCACAGUGAAAAGUGUGAGUUCAUUUUUUUACACUUGCAUGUGAUUAUCAUCAUUGUCAGAAUUUGCAGCAAUGGACAUUGUCUUUUUUAAAGGAAGUACUAAUGGAAGAAACGCAGAGGAAAGCGGAAACUUGUUGUAAACAAUUAUUAAGUCUCAAGUUAAAGGUACUUUUUGCAUAAAAUCACAUUUCUUGCACCUUGAUGUGCAGAAAAAAUUAAACAAUUUUUUUUCACCUGUGUGUCUUGUUCAAUUGCAAGUCAUUUUUUUAAUAUUAUAAAUUAUUAAUUCAUGCGCAUUCAUUGGAAGUAAGGAAGAAAGACAAAAGCUAAAAAAUAAAUAAGUAAAUAAUAAUAAUAAUAAUAAUAUAAUAACUGUUUUGUAUAUUUUUGUGCAAAGAAAGCUCAGAAUAUUUGUUAUUGGAGUAAUGUGACUACUCUUCAUUGUUGACAGUUCUAUUGGUCUAAAAGUUUCACUAGAUUUUUAUGAAUCAACUCAAUGCUAGUUCAAGUGCUGAUAAUACUCUAAAAUAAGACUCCAUAUGGUGGUGCCACUAUGUGGAUUGUGUCACAUGUAUCACUGCACACAUGCUGUAGAGUUGGCACCCAUUCAUCCCAUCAGAAGCAUUUUAAUUGCAUGGUAACUUGAAAACACCAGACAGAUCUCAUAAUUUAGAGUUAUAUCAGUAUUAUAUGGUCUUGGUUUUUCCAGUCAAGUUUUAAUAACAUUAAAAUAAUUUUAGCCUUUUAUGUCAGGAAUAAUAAUACAAUGAACAUUCCACCACAAUCUCUUCCUUAGAUGUUCUGUUGCAUAAAUAGCAGAAAUUAAUACAUAAAUAAUAAUAUUAAAUAUCAGUGCUGAAAUAUUGUUUUUUUAUAAACUUAUAUUUUUGUAUCCUGAUUUAAUUCAGUAAAUUAUGUGGGAUUUUAAAAUGAAUGAACAUUAUAUAAUUACAUGUUUAACACUGUUCUUACAUAUUUGCUACACUUUAAGAGGAAGAAAACGGGGUUGAGUUUGACAUUAAUUCACUUUUGAUUACAGUUACUGCAUGAAUAGAUCUCAUAACUGCAGUAUAAAUUGCAGAUGUUUGAGUAUAUUAAUGUAGUGAUCAUGUCAGAGUGAGAAACCUGUCUGGAAUUUCAACACUGUUUUAUCCUAUAUACAGAAUGUUCCAGGAGGGAAGGUCAAUCUAAGAAAAAAGUGUACAGGUACAUGUGUCCUAUUCUAAAUGGUUUCCGAGAUAGAACCAUUUCACUGUACAGUUACAAAAUUGUUGAUAUGAAAGAGAUACUAUGUACUGUUUCUAAUACUGGUAUUUAUUGUUAAAGUGACAAAGUUGGUACAAUUCACCUAGUAUAAUACAUUUCUUGAAAUUUCACCAACAUCAAUGUACUUUGCAACUUCUGUGAGGACAUGGUGUGUUGCUCAUCUGUACAAUGUACAGUGUACUGUAAAGUGAAAUAACUCUAUCUCAGAAACAAUUUGGAAUAGGACAUAUGUACAUACACAUUUUUUUGCCUAGAAUGACCGAUACUAUGACCUCCCAGAAUACUGGCCUUUCCUUCUGGGACACCUUGUAUAUGUCAGAUAACUUAAUUGAUAACAGAACUUUACAUUGUCAUAUUCACUGAAUUAAAGACAGAAAACUCAUUUCACAUUAAAUUAAAAAGUACAGAGUCAAAAAACAUAUAAUAUUACAUUUAUUUUCCAUUUGCACAACAAUUAUACAGAUGUGAAGUUUGAGGUUCUCACAAUGGUGAAUAUGAAGGUGAUUGUGCCCUAGAUAAUGACACUGUGUAGUCUGGUAGACAUAUACCAAUAUUUCAGAAGAAAAUUUCUACCACAUUACCUGGCAUUAUGUCCCAGAAGGUAGUAAUCCUCAAUUAUAGAGAUUAAUAUAAGAAGUGAAAUUUCAGCCAGAAAUUGCCUUAAUAGUGUUACUGUUCACCUAGUAACAUUAACCAAACAUUUAUAUAAUUGUUGUAGAGAUAGAAAACACACGUCAUAAUAUAAAACAAAUACACAAUACAGUAUAGAAUGGAAUGCUUCAGUACAGUCAUAUAACAUAUCAGUAAUUCCAUAUGGUCAUAAUGUGACCCAAUACAAAACCUAACAAGAUAACCCAUUAAGAAGUUAGAUGUACACAACCUUAGUAGGCAAUAGCAAUAACAAUAGAAUACGCACUGCAUAGUAUAAAAGUAAAAAGUAAAGUUGUCCCUAU